GGGAGGCGGGGACGGGGCGUGCCGCGGCGGCGCCCGGCUCCCGGAAGCGGCUGUUCGUCGGGCUCCCGCCGAGCCGAGCCGAGCCGAGCGGACCGGCGCGGCGGCCCGAGCGCCAGCAUCUCCAUCCGCGCCUGCUGGAGCCGCGCACAGCGAGCCGAUCGGCGAGAUGCUCCCGGUCCAUACCGAGGUGAAGCCCAACCCGCUGCAGGACGCCAACCUCUGCUCGCGCGUGUUCUUCUGGUGGUUAAACCCCUUGUUUAAAAUUGGUCAUAAAAGGAGAUUAGAAGAAGAUGAUAUGUAUUCAGUGCUUCCGCAAGAUCGCUCAAAACACCUUGGAGAAGAGCUACAAGGGUACUGGGAUAAAGAAGUCUUCAGAGCCAAGAAGGAUGCACGGAAGCCUUCGUUAACAAAAGCAAUCAUAAAGUGUUACUGGAAAUCUUACGUAAUUUUGGGAAUUUUUACAUUAAUUGAGGAAGGCACCAAAGUAAUUCAGCCCAUAUUUUUGGGGAAAGUUAUUAAUUAUUUUGAAAGUUAUGAUCCCAGCGAUUCUGUGGCUUUGCACACAGCUUAUGGCUAUGCCACAGUGCUGACUGUCUGCACGCUCUUUUUGGCCAUCUUGCAUCACCUGUAUUUCUAUCACGUUCAGUGCGCUGGAAUGAGGUUAAGAGUAGCCAUGUGUCAUAUGAUUUACAAGAAGGCACUUCGUCUUAGCAACAUGGCCAUGGGGAAGACAACCACGGGCCAGAUAGUCAACCUGCUGUCCAAUGAUGUAAACAAAUUUGAUCAGGUGACAAUCUUUUUACACUUUCUGUGGGCUGGACCACUGCAGGCUGUUGCAGUGACUGUUCUGCUCUGGAUGGAGAUAGGAAUAUCAUGUCUGGCUGGGAUGGCAGUUCUCAUUAUCCUUCUGCCUUUGCAGAGCUGCAUCGGGAAGUUGUUCUCAUCGCUACGGAGCAAGACAGCAGCUUUUACGGAUGCCAGGAUCAGGACCAUGAAUGAGGUUAUAACUGGCAUAAGGAUAAUAAAAAUGUAUGCUUGGGAAAAGUCCUUUGCAGAUCUCAUUGCCAGUUUGAGAAGGAAGGAAAUUUCCAAGGUUCUGAAAAGUUCCUACCUCAGAGGGAUGAAUUUAGCAUCAUUUUUCGUUGCAAACAAAAUCAUCCUGUUCGUGACCUUCACCACCUACGUGUUGCUUGGCAAUGUGAUCACAGCCAGCCGUGUGUUUGUGGCAAUGACGCUGUAUGGCGCUGUGCGGUUGACAGUCACCCUCUUCUUCCCUGCAGCCAUUGAAAGAGUGUCAGAGGCAAUUGUCAGCAUUCGAAGAAUCCAGAACUUCCUGGUACUUGACGAGGUAUCACGGCGCACACCCCAGCCCCCAUCAGAUGGUAAAGCGUUAGUACACGUGCAGGAUUUUACUGCUUUCUGGGACAAGGCAUUAGAAACUCCAACCCUACAAGGUCUCUCCUUUACUGUCAGACCUGGUGAAUUGUUAGCUGUGGUUGGCCCUGUGGGAGCAGGCAAGUCGUCACUGUUGAGCGCUGUGCUUGGUGAGCUACCUCCAAGUCAGGGGCUGGUCAGCGUGCAUGGAAGAAUUGCCUAUGUUUCUCAGCAGCCUUGGGUGUUCUCAGGAACUGUGAGGAGUAAUAUUUUAUUUGGGAAGAAAUAUGAGAAGGAACGGUAUGAGAAAGUAAUAAAGGCUUGUGCUCUGAAAAAGGACUUACAGCUUUUGGAGGAUGGGGACCUGACUGUGAUAGGAGAUCGUGGAGCCACAUUGAGUGGAGGGCAGAAAGCGCGGGUGAAUCUCGCAAGAGCAGUCUAUCAAGACGCUGACAUCUACCUCCUGGACGACCCGCUCAGCGCAGUAGAUGCAGAAGUUGGCAAGCACCUGUUCCAGCUGUGCAUUUGUCAAACCUUGCAUGAGAAGAUCACAAUUUUAGUGACUCACCAGUUGCAGUACCUCAAAGCUGCAAGCCAAAUUUUGAUAUUGAAAGAUGGUAAAAUGGUGCAGAAGGGAACCUACACUGAGUUCCUAAAAUCUGGAGUCGAUUUCGGCUCCCUUUUGAAGAAAGAAAAUGAGGAAGCGGAGCAGUCUCCAGCCCCAGGAACUCCCACGCUGAGGAACCGGACCUUCUCAGAAUCUUCCGUGUGGUCACAGCAGUCUUCCAGACUGUCUUUGAAAGAUGGAGCUCAGGAAGGCCAAGAUACAGAGGAUACACCAGUAGUGCAAUCAGAGGCGAGUCGUUCAGAAGGAAAAGUUGGUUUUAAGGCCUAUAAGAAUUACUUCACAGCUGGUGCUUCCUGGUUUGUCAUCAUUUUCCUCAUUCUGCUAAACAUAGCAGCUCAGGUUGCCUAUGUCCUUCAGGACUGGUGGCUUUCCUACUGGGCAAAUGAACAAAGCAGACUGAAUACCACUGUGAAUGGGGAAGGAAAUACAACAGAGAAGCUAGAUCUUACCUGGUACUUAGGCAUUUAUGGAGGUUUAACUGGAGCCACUGUCCUCUUCGGCAUAGCAAGGUCACUGUUGGUAUUCCACGUCCUUGUUAAUUCUUCACAAACUUUGCACAACAAGAUGUUUGAGUCAAUCCUGAGAGCUCCAGUGUUGUUCUUUGAUAGAAAUCCAAUAGGAAGAAUUUUAAAUCGUUUCUCCAAAGACAUUGGACAUAUGGAUGACUUGCUUCCCCUGACAUUUCUAGAUUUCAUCCAGACUUUGCUCCUUGUGAUCAGUGUGGUAGCCAUUGCGGCCGCCGUGAUUCCUUGGAUUGCAAUACCCUUGGUUCCUCUUGCCAUCAUUUUCUUGGUUCUUCGGCGAUAUUUCUUAGAAACAUCAAGGGAUGUCAAACGCCUGGAAUCUACAACACGGAGUCCGGUAUUUUCCCAUUUAUCCUCUUCCCUCCAGGGGCUCUGGACCAUCCGAGCAUACAGAGCUGAAGACAGGUGUCAGGAGCUAUUUGAUGCACACCAGGACUUACAUUCAGAGGCUUGGUUCUUGUUUUUGACAACAUCUCGAUGGUUCGCUGUGCGUCUGGAUGCCAUCUGUGCCAUCUUUGUCAUCGUUGUUGCCUUUGGGUCCCUCAUUCUGGCCAAAACUUUGGAUGGUGGACAGGUUGGCCUGGCUUUAUCCUAUGCCCUCACGCUUAUGGGGAUGUUCCAGUGGUCCGUGAGACAAAGUGCCGAAGUAGAGAACAUGAUGAUUUCCGUGGAGAGGGUGAUUGAAUACACUGACCUGGAAAAAGAAGCACCUUGGGAAUACCAGAAACGCCCUCCCCCAGCCUGGCCCCACGAAGGAGUGAUCGUCUUUGAUAAUGUGAACUUCACAUACAGUUUAGAUGGACCUCUGGUGUUGAAGCACCUGACAGCACUCAUUAAGUCAAGGGAAAAGGUUGGAAUUGUGGGAAGAACAGGAGCUGGAAAAAGUUCCCUCAUCUCGGCCCUUUUCAGAUUGUCAGAACCUGAAGGUAAAAUUUGGAUUGAUAAGAUCUUGACAAGUGAAAUUGGACUUCAUGAUUUAAGGAAGAAAAUGUCAAUCAUACCGCAGGAACCUGUUUUGUUCACUGGAACAAUGAGGAAGAACCUGGAUCCCUUCAAUGAACACACAGAUGAGGAACUGUGGAAUGCUCUGAAAGAGGUACAACUUAAAGAAGCCAUUGAAGAUCUUCCUGGUAAGAUGGAUACUGAAUUAGCAGAAUCAGGAUCCAAUUUUAGUGUUGGACAGAGACAAUUAGUAUGCCUUGCCAGGGCAAUUCUCAAGAAGAAUCGGAUAUUGAUUAUUGAUGAAGCAACAGCGAAUGUGGAUCCAAGAACUGAUGAGUUAAUACAAAAAAAAAUCCGGGAGAAAUUUGCCCAGUGCACUGUGCUGACUAUUGCACACAGACUGAACACCAUUAUUGACAGUGACAAGAUAAUGGUUUUGGAUUCAGGAAGACUGAAAGAAUAUGGUGAGCCAUAUAUUUUGUUGCAAAAUCCAGAGAGCCUCUUUUACAAAAUGGUACAGCAACUCGGCAAGGGAGAAGCCGCUGCGCUCACUGAAACAGCAAAACAGGUAUACUUCAGAAAGAAUUAUCCAGAUAUUACUCACACUGACCCAGUGGUUGUGAACACUUCCAAUGGACAGCCCUCAGUUUUAACUAUUUUUGAGACAGUACUGUGAUUCUACUCAAGAACUCAAGUCUGCUCUGAAGGCGUUUUUGCACUGUUUAAACUACAUUGUACUUUUUUUUUUUUAAC